GCAGUCGCACACUGGCCUUGAAAUCCCGUUCGCCAUCUUGAACACAGCAGUCGCUCAGUGUUGACGCUCUGUUAGUUUUCAUACCCACCUACAAUUAGGUUAGUGGGCAGGGCUACAGGCUACACGUACCCUUCUACACACCCCGAGAAAUCCGUUCUGCGAGGCUGAAGAAGGAUCUGGGCAGUACUCGACGACCUGCCGAUUGAAUCAUGAACAGCAGGAGCAAUUCCUUAGGUAUGGAAAUCAAACAUAACAUGCCCUAUCUCUGCAAAGCGGUGCAGCCCGAGCAGCUGUUUUUAGCCGUCAGCGUUCCACCUGCACACCAUAGAUGAGGAGAAAAUCCGCAAAAAACUGAACAGCAAUGAGCCCAAUAGAAUGUUAGUUUAUGACAUAAUCGCAGCACUUAGAACAAGAAGUGACUGGGAGAAAAAGUUUGUGGAUGCUCUUCGUGAAGCCGAACAAACAGAAGCCCUUCGAAUAAUUGGAGAAGACAUCGGUGCGAAUCUCGAUCCCAAUGAGCGCCGAGGCGAUCGCCCUGAGUACAGUGUCAGCAGAUCUUCGCCCUCAGCGUGUGAGUCCUUUUCCCAGCGAGCCGGCAAUGCGCUGAACCAGGGCAGCUGCCGUCAGACUGAGCCAGCCAGACAAAUGCCUGGAUGUUCCUGUACCAGACAGCACAGCUCUGCAGAUGUCGCUCAAGGUCUCUUGGCUGAAAGUCUCGACAGCUUAAAGUUAAUAAACCAAGAGCAGAAUGUAAGGCACGAGAGGCUAGACGCUGGACACGCUUUGCAAGGUGGUCCUGCUUGCGGCGCUGAAGGAGAGAGAAAUAAUAUCUUACCACAACAGUCGCGGAAUUGCACAGACAGCGUAACGAUUCCUGCUCAUUCUCGUCUGCCCACCAAUCCUGACAUGAUGUCCACUCCGCAAAGUAACAGUGUCGGACACGAGAACAGCAGUAUGGCCAGCAACACUCAACUUUCUGAAGAGGACAAUACACAACAGAACUGGAACUUGAACCAUGACUAUCAGGAUGAAAACAAGUUUUCAGAUAAAGAAGUAAACGACACUGAGGAAGAUUGUGGACCUUCCACUAAUCCCGUCGACUCGAACCACUCUAACCAGUCCCAUGAUCAAAGUGUCGAAAGCGCGCAGAAUGAUGACCUUGGUCCGUCUCUGCCUCAAGAGGUUGCAAACGCCAUAGCUGCAGGCCAUGCUUUAUAUCAAUAAGCUUGUAGUGAAGGGUCACGGAAAUGGGGUUUACUUUGCUAGCAAAGUACGCAAUGUACUCACAAAGGUGAUACGCCCCAAGAUAUUCAGUCAUCCGAUAUUUUCCAGAUGGAAUUCUCGCGCUGUGCCGACAGAUAUAUCUGAUCAGACAUCUCCCAAAACAUCAAUGGAGACCAUGAACGACCGUGGUGGACUUCCAUGUCUGGCGCGCAGCAUCCCGCAAGAGGUCUCAGAGGACGAGAGCUUUGAACUAGGCGAGACAGCGAGCGUGCGAGAAGCAAUAAGAGCAAACCAGUCAGUCUCCUCACCCAGGGGUGUCAGUUCCCACCUCACGCAGCUUGACGAACUAAAAUUCACAAAUGAGAAUAGUUCACAGAGGUCGGCUUCUCCUCCCGCGCCUUUUCCGGUCACGUGUGUAUCGGAAUCCUCUUCGUCGAUCGUGGUCCUUCAUGAAUCCGAUGAGAGAGGCACUCGGCAGUCGCUCACCGAACAAGAAGAGCAUGUAGACACGACCUCCAGACAGCAUCACGGGACACCGUCCUCGUAUUCAACUCGCACGUCGAUCCUGCGACAUCUGUACAGGAGGACAACUUCACAGCGUCUCCACUCAACCUCUUCCUACGGCCUGAGCAUGCGAAUAUUCAACUCGUCAAUGUGGAAGGUGAAGUGGAAGAGACGGAGAAGCUAAGAAUGGAAGUAGCUUGUCCUUCUGGUGGGCAGUACUCUGAUGUAAGCCGGGAGGAUAGCCUGGAGUUGGAACGCAGGCAGCGCAUAGACUUGCCUGCAUCCGACUCGGUCCGCUUUAACCAUUUACCAGAAAACAAACAAUGUGCGCAGUGCAAUGUGUCAGAUAAGGAACUGUCUCAAAACGAUCUGAAAACAACACUGAAUGCAGAGGUUGGCGCUGAAGGCACCAGUAAAAAUGAAAGCAACGAAACUGUUAAAGCUGGCAAGGGAGCUAAGAAAGGAAGGAAAAAGAGCAGACGACGCAAGAAAUCAGCGAAGUAGCCGCCAUUGAAUCCACUAUAACACACUUGUGUGAGAGUAAACACCGUUUUUAACUAAGCAAAGUGCCGAAGCGUUAAACCUGUGAAAUAGGCCAGGGUUAUUGCUUUGGUCAUUGCAUUGAAAAACAUUGCUCACGUGUUGAUCAAAGAGUCUACUUUCCCGAACGUUAGCCCCAAACCUUUGGUUGCCUGUGACUCUCGCACACAACUUUGCCAAACUUGGUCAUUUGAUGUUUGACCGCUUAACAAAGGCCCUUAAAAGAAGCGAGGUAGCAACAAACGUCUUAAACAGUAUGUGUGUGUUAUCAGAAUAAGCAGACAUUAAAUAACUUGUAGAUUAGGUACGACAGUCCGUCGUUCAGACCAGUACGUGGUUGGAAUUCUUGUCGACACUUUCACACACGCAACGUGUGCCCUCCAGUGGCGCUGAGCUGCUUUUUGUUGACCUUCCGUCGGAGGAUGACCACAGUCGGAAGCUGUUAGCCUGACUUGCGAGUAAGCCAGUUAUAAGGCUGGAGGUGAAUAAGGCCACAGAAGGCACACACUUCGCUCGUUGUAUGGGGCCCUAUCUCGAGGCGUCACUCCCAACGGGCUACAACUCGGUAGGCAUUUUUCUUAGAAGUAAAUUUGGCCCUUUGAUCAAUUGCAGUAGAUGAGCACAGAGUUCUAUUUUUAAUGUACAACCACCUUAUAACUCGAUCAUCUUUACACCAAGCUGAUAUAAAACGCCUUCAGGUUGGUUGACUCCUGCGCCAUGGCAGUGAUGUGCCCCACCCUGAUCGAAGUCUAGCUGUAUUAUUUUUCUGGUUUAGUAAAAACGUUUACAACAGAGUUCUGUUUAAGCCGCGUGUUAGUGCUAGAAUUUAUUGCUUUGAAUGUACUGCAUAAAGUACUGCAGCGCAUGCGCACUUCCCAACCG